AAAUCAGCUUUCGUACAUUUUUGUGAUGCAGUUCAUUGUUGUUGAUUUGUUUCGUGUGUGUGUGCGUAGAUUCAACAGUUUUCCUGACUGCAGUGAUGAAGGGUAACAUGCUGAUCUUUGCUCCAUUCUGUUUGCUCCUUUGCUGGAUGCUGCCUGCAGACGCCGUGCCGAUCUUCCCAUUGAGCAUGGUUGAAGAUUCGGUUGAUGACAUGUAUCGUGGCUGCGAUGACGCUAUGAUGGAAACAGUCAAGAACAAAUACUUUGAAGAAGAAACGACCAAGGGCCCAUUUUCAGAUGCCUGGAAGGAGGCAAAAGUUUGUGCUGACAAGAAAUUUGAACAGAGAGAGAAUAAGGCUCUAACCAAAGAUCACAUACUGGCAAUCUGUGUCUAUACAGGGAACGAUGUGUACAAGGUUUUCAAUGCUGCAGUCCGGACAAGUAGGAGCAAAUAUGGCUCCUCAUUCCAGUUCCACUCUUUACAUUACCUGCUGACAUCUGCCAUACAGAUCUUGAAUAGCAAUAACAACUGUUACGAUACUUACAGACGAGUCCAUAAUAGUUUUACUGGCAAAGAGAACCAAACAAUUCGGUUUGGCUCCUUUACCUCCAGCUCUAAGAAAACACACUUGACACACUUUGGUAAUGAGACCUGCUUUAAAAUCAGGACCUGUUCAGGUGCUUAUUUGAAAAACUAUCCAGCUAAAAAUAACAGACAGGCAGAGGUGCUCAUCCCUCCCUACGAGAAGUUCACUGUGGUGAAAAGUGAUAAAUUUCCAGGUCUGGAAGAUUGUAAAAAGUUCUUUGAGUUGGAGAGUGCCGGGGAAGAGAGCAGUCUGAACUUUCUCAGGGCUCUGAAACAGCCCUCGCCAGGGGAAGGAGAGAGGGAGAGAUCCAACUUGAUCAAGAAAAGGGCUUUCAACUUGGUCCUGAUCUUCCAGGUGACUACGUUUGUCGGCUUUGUGCCCUCGGUCACUAUGUUCUUCCUGGGCUGGGAAACACCUAGUUCCUAA